UAGACGAAGAAGGAGAACGGAUUACUGGGUUCACAGAGUUAACGGGGGGGACGGAGAAUCCAUCCAUUACCCAAGCCGCUUAGCCUGCUCUCAGGGUCGCGAUGAGGCUGGAGCCCACCCCAGCCGUCACGGGGCGGCAGGCGAGGCGACGCCCCGGACAGGCCGCCAGGUCAUCACAGGGCAGGACGGGGGAUGUGAAUUUUUUCAUCACUUCACCAUGGCCAAGGAACCAGACCCCUACAUCUUCAUCACAAACGCACUGCCCCCCGACCCGCGUUUCCUACCCCCGUUGGCCAAUGGUCUGCUGGGCUGGAGGGUUUACAGUAGUAUCAUGCAUAUGGGAGGAAUAUACAACGGCGAAGGAGGACAGUGUCACCGGGCAGAUGUCCCGUGUCCCUUUUCUGUGACAGCUGAAAUGGAAGAGCCCGCCCAGCACACCUACAGCCUAGACACGCACGCAGGCAUUUUCACACACACUCUCAACACCGCUGAUGUAACCGUGUCGCAGUCUUUCUAUGCACACCGAUACUAUUCCAACCUGAUGGUCAUGGAGAUUUUGAUGGCGCGUCAGACAGCAUCGGAGGAGCCAAUCACGGUGAAGCUGGUCAGUUCAUUCACACCUGAGAGCGACGACAUUGUUUUCCAGUCUGCUCCCGAUUACAAAGGCGGGAGGCACAUUCAAGGUCAGACCACUACUGCCGAGGUCCCAGGGGGUACCUGUCCGACUGUGAAUCUCAUCUGGAUCCCUGUCCCUGCCAGUGUGACACUGCUGCCUGAACAGACGCAGUCUCGCUGGGGCUUCAUCCUUGUAGUGGGCAACACCACAGAAACUACUGAGGCCGCCUUUGACGUAGGCUUGAAUCUAAUGGCGUCUGGUAACUUGCGUCUUUCUCACCUGCGUGCCUGGGAGGAGCUUUGGCUGGAGAGUGAAGUGGAGGUGGUAGGGUCAGAGGUGCUCAGUAAGGCUCUGAUUGGCUGCAUGUUCUACCUCCUAAGUGCCUUCCCUUCUCUCCAUGAGGCCUCUAACCCUUUUGGCGGUGUCAGUCCUGGAGGACUGUCUAAUGGGGGGAACGGCCAGGAUUACUGGGGCCAUGUUUUCUGGGACCAAGAUGUUUGGAUGUAUCCUGGCAUAGCUCUUUUCUAUCCCAAACUGGCAGAGUCUGUGCUGAAGUACAGGGUACGGACUAUUGAUGGUGCUAAAGACAAUGCCCAGAAGCAGGGCUACAAGGGACUGAAGUUUCCAUGGGAGAGUGCUGUGUCAGGUAGAGAGGUAUGUCCUGAGGACAUUUAUGGACAACAAGAGAUUCACAUCAAUGGCGAUGUGACACUGGCUUUCCAGCAUUUCCUCUACCUCACACGGGAUCUUUCCAUGUUUACAGAGGGACGUGGCAGUGAGGUGGUUUGGGGUGUGGCUGACUACUGGGUAUCCAGAGCAACCUGGAGCUCUCUGGAUCAGAGCUACCACAUCUUGGGUGUCAUGCCACCUGAUGAGUAUUACUACAAUGUCAACGACUCUGUGUACACAAAUGCAGUGGCCAAAUUAAGUCUCCAGUUUGCUGUGGAGUUGGCUGAUCUCAUCCAAUACCCUGCACCUAAAGAGUGGAUUGAAGUAGCUGAGAAAAUCAUAAUACCUUUUGACAAAGAAUUAAAGUAUCAUCCUGAGUACGAUGGCUACAAAAAAGGUCAGCCAGUGAAGCAGGCAGAUACAGUGAUGUUAGGUUAUCCACUGGGAUUUCCUAUGCCGCCUGAGGUCAGAAGAAAUGACCUGGAGGCUUAUGAGCCAGUAACAGACCCUUACGGUCCAGCCAUGACGUGGGGUAUGUUUGCCAUUGGCUGGCUCGAGCUGGGUGACAUAGAGAAAGCUCAGAAACUGCUCCAGAAGUGCUUCAAAAACAUCCAGGGACCAUUCCAGGUGUGGAGUGAAUCAUCAGAUGGCUCCGGAGCCGUCAAUUUCCUCACAGGCAUGGGGGGAUUUCUGCAAGCUGUACUGUUUGGCUAUACUGGCUUCAGAGUUCAGAAGGAAUGUUUUGGCUUUGCUCCACUUCUUCCUGAUGACAUAUCCGAGCUGUAUAUUCGCGGCAUAAGUUACCUGGGUAACAAGAUGGACUGGUUGUUGAGGACAGAUGAGGUUUGUAUCAUACUGAGGAAACACACAGGUGAUGCUGAGAGUACCCAGCCCUGUGCUCUGCAGGUGGUCCUAAAGGCAUCGAAAACUAAAAUCCCUCUCAUCCCAGGGCAGCCUACAACUUUUCCUAGACAGGUGGGACACGUCUGUCAAGUGGAAUCAACAUUUUCAUGCUGGCCUUUCUGAGCUUGGAACCACUAAAACCCUCAUGUGGUUAAAAAAAAAAACAACAUUUAAUUUCGCCUUCAUUUACCUUGUACCACACAAUCGAAAUAUGUUAAACGGGAUAAAAUUCAAUACAGUGCAAUUGUGUAUUUUGUCCUGCAGUUAUAGUGCCAUGAGAAUUACAAUGCAAAAUUGAAAUAUUAAGCCAAAGCUGAAAUAAAAG